UAUGAUUACAGUAAUUAUUUCUUCUACCGGAAAAAUAUUUGUGAGUGUUUCAUCAAUUAAAUUACGCAAUCCAUAGUUAUUACCACAAUAAAAAAAUAUUAUAGAGGAAAAUUUUAUCAAUGUUAAAUGUAGACAUGAGAUAUUUAAUGAUUACGAUCGGGUCAAUACGUAUCUGACCAGGCUCUUGGUACAUCAGUGUUUUUCAAUAAUUCUUACAAGUAACGAAUAAUGUUUUUACAUAAAUACUCACGUUCAAAAAAAUAAAAUCAAGUAUCUUGGGAUUACUCAAAGUGUAAUUUCUGUUUUGUGAACAAAGUGUAAUUUUUUUUUUAAUGAAAGAUGUUAUUUAAUGAACUAUGCAAAGCCUUGACAAGAAAAAGAGUCGAUGAGAACAAUGACAAAAAGGGACAACUUGCAAGAGUGUUGGGUUUGUUCAAUUUAGUUACAUUAGGUGUUGGCUCGACUUUGGGGGUCGGUGUUUAUGUUCUUACUGGAUAUUUAGCUAAAGAAGUAGCAGGACCCGCAGUUUGUUUGUCAUUUUUAAUCGCUGCUCUUGCAUCAUCUCUUGCAGGAUUAUGCUAUGCAGAAUUUGCUGCCAGAGUUCCAAAAGCAGGAUCUGCAUAUGUUUACAGCUAUGUCACAGUCGGCGAGAUCAUUGCUUUUAUUAUCGGAUGGACGUUGGUUCUCGAAUACGUCAUCAUUGCAGCCAGCGUAGCUCGUAGUUUAAGUAUUUACAUUGAUUCCUUUAUUGACGAUGCGAUGAAGAAAUUCUUUCAGUCAACAAUGCCGAUAAAAAUAUCUUUCCUCUCGGAUUAUCCGGAUUUUUUCGCCUUCAGCUUGAUUAUGUUCAUUUCAAUUAUACAAUGCACAGGCGUAAAAAAAUCAUCUUAUUUCAAUACCAUUGCAACAAUUACCAAUUUGUUGACUAUUUGCAUUGUAAUUAUUUCAGGUUGCACUAAAGUUGAUGUUAAUAAUUGGUACCUUGAGGCGAAAGACAUUCCUGCUAAUGCUACAAAACCAGGAGCAGGCGGAUUCAUGCCUUUUGGAAUGAGCGGCGUAAUGGCCGCUACAGCAAAAUGCUUUUUUGCGUUUGUUGGAUUCGACGCUAUUGCGACGACCGGAGAAGAAGCCAAAAAUCCCCAAAGAAAUAUUCCUUUUGCAAUUAUUACUUCUCUUUUAAUUUGCUGUUUAGCUUACUUUUCAGUCUCAGUUGUUUUAACUAUGAUGUGGCCUUACUAUGACCAAAACCCAGAAACUCCGUUCCCAUACGUAUUUAAGCAAUUAAACUGGCCUGUAAUUUUAUGGAUAGUAAAUAUCGGUGCUAUAUUCGCAUUUUGUACCUGUUUAUUCGGUGGAUUAUUUUCUUUACCAAGAAUUUUAUACGCAAUGGGCAGCGAUGGGAUUAUUUUCAAGUUUUUGAGUAAUGUCAAUAAAAAAACUAAAACUCCAGCAAUAAGCAUUUUAUGCUCUGGAUUAUUUUCAGGUUUUAUUUCCCUGAUAUUUAAUUUAAGCCAGCUUAUGGACAUGCUGUCGGUUGGUACACUCUUAGCUUAUACCAUGGUUUCAAUAUGUGUUAUUAUCUUGCGGUAUCAAAAAACUGUUAACACUGAAGAAUCUAAUAUCAAUAUCAGUCAAGAUGAUUCUAAUUUUUAUAAAAAAAUAUUCAACAUCAACAACAAGAAAGUCGCUACUGAAGAUACCAGUAAAAUUGCAACUUGGGGGGUUGUUUUAUUUUCGAUUCUGGUAUUUAUUUUCGGGGUGACUAGCUAUCAUGUAGAGCUUCACAACGAUGCCAAAAAUUUAUUAGGUUUUAUUUUUUUAACUACUAUUGUUGUCAUGAUUGUUCUCACUGUUACUGCCAUCGGAAGACAACCUGUUAAUUCAGCGAGACUCAGUUUUAAGGUUCCACUGGUCCCUUUCAUACCUUGCUGCAGUAUAUUUGUAAAUAUUUUUCUCAUGAUUCAGCUGGAUAUUUUUACUUGGCUCAGAUUAAUAAUAUGGUUAAUUUUAGGAUUUUGCAUUUACUUUUUUUAUGGAAUUCGUCACAGCGUUCAACGCAGCAAAGAUAAUCAAAAAAAUUAUCAUAAUAAUACUUUAGCGACUAUAAAUACUCCAUUUUAAGGGCAGGACUAUAAAAGAAAAAUAUAAAAAAAAAACAUAAUUCAAUACGUGACGAUAGUUAAGAUAAGAGUAAUAAAUGUGAGACUAAAGAUGAUUGUAAGCAU